UUUCCGCAAACAAAAGUGCAUGCACAUUAUUUUGUUUUGAAAAUAAAUUAUUUCCAAAGCUAUUAUUCAUUUGUUUCUCCCUGUUCUUUGCACCAAAUUUAUACAUUAGCUACGAAAAAUGGUUCGGAAACUCAAAUUUCAUGAACAAAAACUACUCAAAAAGGUGGACUUCUUUAACUGGAAGGAAACCAACAACCUGAACGAAGUGAAAGUGAUGCGGAAAUACAACAUUCAAAAACGGGAAGAUUAUACGACGUACAACAAACUAUCCCGAAGCAUACGGGAAAUGGCCGGUCGAUUAGCGGAAAUCGAUGCUAAGCAUCCAUUUCGAACGGAAAUGAGUGCACUCUUGCUUGAGAAGCUUUAUGUGAUGGGUCUGAUUCCAACCAAAUGGGAUUUGGAGAAUGUUAACCAAAUCAGUGCUUCCUCGUUUUGUCGCCGAAGAUUGCCGGUCGUGCUGCUGCGGAACAAAAUGUCCGAAAACAUUCAACAUGCCACCAAAAUGAUCGAACACGGGCACGUUAGGGUGGGAGCUGAGGUAGUUAAAGAUCCGGCCUUCCUGGUACCCCGCACCAUGGAAGAUUUCGUGACCUGGGUAGAUGGAUCGGCCAUUCGGAAGCACGUGCUUGAGUAUAACGAUUUGAGGGACGAUUUUGAGCUGUAGCGAUAUAAGGUUUUAAUAAAACUUUGACUUGUUUAAA